AUGCCGCCUCCUGGUAACCUGCUUAGGAGCCAUGCCGGUCUUGAGUUGCCCUCGGAAGUCUGCUUGGCUGUCUUCGAGCACGCCGUGGAGGAUGAUCCAAGGUCUGCAGCAACGCUGAUGCAAAUUUCAAAGACAUUCCACUCGUUACUAAAGACCUACGAGAAAUCAAUAACCAAAUUACUCUCCUCGAACGACAGCUGGCUUGAAUAUGUCAAUGCGAAGCAACACAUGCUUCUCUCGUCUUGUAUAUUCCCCGGAGACGCCACGGUUACUAUGUUCACAUAUGGAUGGUAUCGGGAGGUUCGGUUUCGGAGCGCCAUCACCGACCUCCUCAUAGAGCACGAUAUCACGGCGAUGGAUGACACUACAACAAAUGACUGGCCGUCACUUGAUGUUCCUAGAUCAGAGCUCCGAGCGAGAGCCGUCGAGUUUAAAAAGAGAAGCUUCUCUCUGAUGUAUCGACUGGUGGACACAACUGCUGGUAUGGUGACGAAGCAGGAGGUACGAGCCCAACAAGCACAAUUUCUUGCGUCUCUGUCGGCAACUGAACUGGCCAUGCUGGGUUGCAUGGUAGAGGUCAUUGGGCAAGGAUUUUUUGCCUAUACAAGGAAACUCGUCCUUAGCUCAUUUUGCAAGACGAUUGUCAACGAACGAUAUCAAGUUGUUCCGCUCUCUUCCAUGGAUCUGCACAACGUCCCUACGCCGGUCCCUCCAUUUGACUGGGACGAACUCCUAAACGGCCAGAACUGGAUCACAGAGUACGCAUGUGUGUUCGAAGACAGGGUGCAAAGAUUUGGUCCAUAUUUUGCAUGGGCAUACGUGACUAGUUCCCAAGCCCGAAAAUUGCGGCCUGAUCAUUGGGUAAACUCAGAGCUACAGCAGGGAAUCCACGACCUGAAUGCGUAUGAGGGCGGAUACACGAUGGCGUAUGCUAGUUUACAGAGUGUGGUGUGGCGGACUUUCUGCGGGAAAAUCCAGUGUUCUCUCGAAGACAGCUGGGAUGCAGCCAAGAAGAUGGUAGAGUUGGAGAUGGUGCAGUUUAGAAUAGAAGCGUGUGAUACGAAAAUGGGUAUGGAUUAA